UUUUGUUUUUGACAUGGUAUUCUCAAUUUUGACAGCUGACCCCAUCCAUCAAAAGCUUUCAAGCUUGUGCAAAAAUAUUUUUAAUUUUUUCGUAAUCUAUAGUAUCUCCUAUUAAGUUAUGCUAUACGCGUAACAUAACGGAGUGAGCGAGUGUUGUUGGUGUGUGGUGUGAGAUGGUUUCGUGUUGAAAUUAGUCGGGUCAUUACGAUAGCAAUAUGGGGUCCAUGCGACCGACAGGAAGGUUCCUAUCGUUCGCGAACAACAUCCAACGAACACAGAAACAAGCUGUGCCAAGUGGAUUUCCACAAAGUCUGUCAGGCAGUGAGACGGAUGUGUCAACGUCAAAUGAGAAUUUAUCUCGAGAGGAGCGCUAUGUUGUGCGACAUACAGCCAGGGUAGAGCCUCAGGGACAGGAGAACCAGACUCAACCAAAUAACAAUAACAGGAAUUCUCUCAAGGACAAUGUGCCAGGUAGUAACCGUAACUCCCUAAAGGAUUCAGUGGGUGGUGGCAACAGCAAUAGAAGUUCACUUGAUGUGUCCUCCUCUUCAUACAAUACUCUCAUCAUACACAAUCAGGAUGACUCUUGGCCACCUAGACCCACUCCUAUCAGGGAACAUGAGAGGACAAGUAGUGAAGUGAAACACCCCACCACCCAGUCUUCACCAUACCACACACUGAAGAAGAAUGAAGGUGUGAAGAAACCUAGUGGGAUACCUGUACCCAAGCUGCAUAAAGAACAGAAUGUCACCACCACAGCUAACUACAUUGAUAUUGGAGGCCAGAGGAUUUAUACUAGCCCACCUGACCAUGGUGUUCAGGAGAUAACAGAGAUACCGGAUGAUUUCCUCAAUCAGUCUUCAGUACUGAAGCACUUGGCGAAGGAAGUGGCCCAGUCUCCAACCCCGCGCGGCCCCACUCCCCCCGCCUCGCCCCGCGCCCCCGCGCCCCCUCGAGACGACUCAAGGAAAGCUAAAGGGAAAUGCUCAAAGGCUAAGCUUAGUAAAGAGAAAUUGAAUCUAUCGAGGUCACAGCCUGAUCUUACAAGUGUGGGCGUCCGUGCAGUGCCGGGGGGGUCGGAGUCGAGUGGCUGGUGCAGCGGCGGGGAGGGGGAGCUGGAGGAGCCGGACGACGCAUUCACCGCGGUACUCGACGCCCUGGCCGCUGAGAACCAUCAGCUCAAGAGACAACUCGCUGAUGCCUGCGAGAGGGUCGCCAAAACUAAUAAGCUGGAAGAAGAAGUAGAAAAAGUCCGCACAGCACACGAAGAGCUGGUGGGUUCGUGCGAGCGUCGCGAGCGGUUGGAGAGGGCGGCCAGGGUCCGGCUGCAGGCAGACUGUCGCCGCCUGCACGACCUCAACCGUGCGCUCAAACAACAGGUGGAGCUAUUAUCACAAGGGGUUCGAAAUGAAAACGACAGCAAUGCUGAGGCGCUGCGCAAGGAGUUGCAGAACAGAGAGAUGCUUAUCGCGCAACUCAUUACACAGAACAAGGAGCUGGCGUGUGCCAAAGAGAGACAGGAGAUAGAGAUGGCGGCGCAGCGCGCCACGCUGCAGGAGCAACGCACGCACAUCGACAUACUCGACACCGCGCUCACUAACGCACAGGCCAACGUCGUCCGCCUCGAGGAAGAGUGUCGACACGCGAGUGGUUACGUGGAGCGAGUGAUGGGAUUACAACGCGCCCUGGCCUCGCUGCAGCAGGCGUCCGACCGCCGCGAGCAUACCGAGAGGAAGCUACGCGCACAGCUAGAGAAGGAGCUACAGACUCUCAGGAAGCGCGAGUGCAACUGCGGCGGUAGCGGCGGCGGCGCGGGCGGCGGCGAGGCGGAGCUGCGGCGGCAGCUGCGGGAGCGGGACGAGCGGCUGCUGGCGCUGGAGGGGGAGUGCGCCAAGUGGGAGCAGCGCUACCUGGAGGAGGCCGCGCUGCGGCAGGCCGCCGUCUCCGCCGCGUCCAUACCCAAUUCCGUUUUCAGGGAUGCCAAGAUCGCGGCGUUGGAGAAGACGUCGGCGGAGUCCGAGCGGCUGAUGGCGGAGGCUCGCAACGAGAAGAUACGACACAUGGACGAACUACACUCCGCACAGAAGAAACUUGCCGAUCUAGAGGGCAGGGUGAAGGAGCUCGAAUCUAAAGUGGCGGAACGUGACGCGAUGAUCAAAGUCCUGCAGAAGCACACUAGCGCCGCUUACGACAGUGGCGCCUCGCUGCGGAAUAACUCUAGUCGCGAGGAACUCGUGGGCCUGUCGUCGGGCGCGUCGUUCUCCAGCGCGGAGGGAGUGGGCGGCGGCAGCGUAUCGGGCCGGUACCGACAUCUAGCGCGCAGGAACUACUCGCCGCACAACGACAACUCUAGCGGUUGCGGGUUCGACAGUACGUCCCUGCGGCUGGACGAGCAGCUGGCGGCGCUGGAGUCCCGGCUGGAGCGGCCGCCCGUGCCCGCCAGUGGUCGCGUUAUAACUUUCUUCGGGCAGCGCCGCUUCCGUAAUGAGCGUGGGUUGUGCUGCUUCCCCGGCCUGGGCACGGUGGGUGCUCGAGGCGGCGGCGGGCGCGGUGAGGAAGCCCUGUUGCUGGAGCGGCAGGGUCGGGCCUCGCAGCAGACGCGCUCGUCCAGUCUGCCACCACCACCGUCCGCACUGCCUCGCCCACCCAGGAAACCGUCCGCAAGGAACACCAGAUACGACCGCUUGGAACACAGAGAUGCUCGUAAGGACUCUGACGGCUCCGGAUCUAUCGCGUCCAGUGCGUCCCGCAGCUCGCCACUGCCCUACGACACAGUCCGCAAGCUGCCCUCAGUGCCCACAUCAGCGUCACUCCCUGCAGCGGAGUCCAGGGAGUCUUUAGUGCGACCUCGCGACUCCAGCCUCCCCUCGCCGUCCAAGUUAGCCGUCUACGCAGCCGCCAGAAGACGAUCAGCCGAGUCAGCUAAGGACAACAAACGCACACACCAUUACAGAAUCCAGUUUUAACGAUACUCGGAAAUGAAGACUUGGAGACCCAUCAUUUUCUAAUUUAAAAGUGUUCAUAUUUUAACCGCUGUUACCAGCGGAUUGUCAUGACAAAUCACUGCCAAUUAUAUGGCCAUGGUCAAAUGAAUGUUCUAGACAUACGAAGGCAUUUUAUAAAUAAGUACCUGCGCACAAUUUUACAUGUCCUAAACACACGCUCGCUCAUCCGCGAGUCCUGAACUAAUACCCUUCUUGGAACCUGAUAUUGACGUGUUUAUUUUCAGUAUGAACAUUGAAAAUAGAAAUACCAUGUGCUAAACUCAUGUUUAUGAAUUUUACUAUAGAUAUGUACGCGACAUACUGAAAAAUUAAACGAUUAUUUUACCUUAAAAAGAAACGUCGAAAUCUAAAGAAAAUAGAUUUUUCAUCGUACAUUUAUAAGGCGUACUAUUGUUUUGUAUAGUCAUGGAAUUCUAAAUAAUUCGACACAGAGUAGAGUAGGCAUACCAUUGACCUACUGAUUUAUUUUUACAUAUUUUAACGGUGAAAAUACAAUAGUUUUGUUUGACAUAUGAAUUCCAUUUUGCCAGCAGGUAGGUACUACAGUAAUUUGAAUAGUGAGUCAUGUAUCUAUUUUGUUGGUUCUCGGUGUUUGUAGAACUAGAAAGUGUAAAAAUUCGUGGCUAUUUUUCUUAUAAAUUGCUUUAAGAUAAUGUCAAAUAUCUAUUUGAAGAUGUCUAAAUAAAUAAUUAAUUAUUUUACUAAGUGUGGGUUGGUGUUUGGUGUCGUUAGCCCACGCUACGCCCAACUUUUUUAACUAGCCCACGGGCACCGAGAGCCUGGGCUUAUAAGUAGGUAAUGAACUCAACUACAUGUCAUUGAUGGAUUCAACCAGUGUUUCCCAACAUUUAUUAUGCCAGAAUAUUUAUAAGAUGCGAAAGAAAAAUAAAAAUACGAUUGCACUAUUUAAAAAAGGGGUUAUAUUCCAACGGUCAUAGGUUCUAGAAAAACUUUCAGAAUCUAAAGAAUAUUAGACGAAA